CCUCAUCCCUCGGCUUUCUCGUUCCUCCAUCCCUCACAACCCCCAGCUCGCCACCGCCCGCCGCCCUCCUCCCGCCGCCCUCCUCCCGCCGCCAGCUCCCUUCUCCGCCACUAGCGUGCCGCAGCCACAGCAUUUGCCUGGUUAGAUACAAUGGUUAACGCAAUUAAAGGUCUUUUAAUAUCCUGUGAUGUGCCGAUGGCGCAGUUCAUUGUCAAUUUGAAUGCUUCUUUGCCUGCUUCACAGAGGUUCAUUGUGCACAUGCUUGACAGUACACACAUGUUUGUGCAACCUCAUGUGGCGGAGAUGAUUCGGAGCAAGAUUGCGGAGUUCCGGGACCAAAACACUUAUGAGAAACCGGCAUAAUUCAUCACUAAACUCCUGUCAGAAGCUUGGAGUUGUAUAUGUUCAUCCAUAAUUUUCUUGGUUUGAUUUACCUGAAAUGAUGUCUUAAAUCUCUAUAAUAGAUGUUGGAUUUAAUUUUUGAAUUUGUUGCGUGGAAGACUACCACUUGACAUUACCAUUAAGUAGCUUUUAUUUCCUGGAAAUCUGACAUGGAAGGUUAUUCUUGAUGAUU